ACUUAUAUAUCCUCACUCAUUUUUGUUUUACACUAUAAUCCUAGCUUUAUUAUUCCUCAUCAACUAAUUAUACCUUUAUUCUCAUCUUAAUACCUACAAUAAAUUUCCUUUAUACCCCCUGAAUCCUGAUCUCUCUUGAUUAAUCGUUUUCUUAUUUGAUUGAUUGGAUCAAAUAGGGUUGGUAAUAAGUAAAGCAAAUAGAAAUAUAUGGGUAGUGGAAGUUCUCCAUGUGCAUCAUGCAAGUUGUUAAGAAGGAGGUGCGCCAAGGAUUGCAUAUUUGCACCAUAUUUCCCUUCUGAUGAUCCUCAAAGAUUUGCCCUUGUUCAUAAGGUCUUUGGUGCUAGCAAUGUCAGUAAAAUGUUGCAGGAGCUUCCGGUUCAACAAAGAGCAGAUGCAGUGAGCAGUUUAGUGUACGAAGCAAAUGCAAGAAUAAGAGACCCAGUUUACGGAUGUGUUGGUGCAAUUUCAUUGUUGCAAAACCAAGUUUCAGAGUUACAAAUGCAAUUAGCAAUGGCUCAAGCUGAAAUUAUGAGCAUCCAAAUGCAAAAUCAACAAACUACAGCUUUAUUUCAAAAUCAGAUUGCUGAAUUUGCAGAUGAUAAAUCUAUUCUUUUAGCAACUGCUAAUAACUUUAAUAAUCUUCAAGAAUAUCUCAAUGAUUUUGCUACUUCUCCUAACAAUGUAAUUCAAGACCCUCUCAAAAGAGAGUCUUUUUGGACAUAGAUAGAUUUUUUUUUUUUUAUUAUUAUUGCAAUCAAAUAAAUUAAUCAUAGCUCCCUUGAUUUUUCUUCGAGAAUUGCUAUAGGCAACUUUACCUAUAUUAGAUGGUCAAUUUUAGGCAUUAGGUAGCACUUAGUUCAUCCGUUUC